AUGCAGGUGCCUGAGCUUGUUGGCUCCUGCUGCUCAUCUCUGCAAGUCCCACCACCUUCACCUCUUAAACCAAUCUUCCCACCCGUGAUUGAGCUGCCACACCAGUGGAACACACGCUCACUCUCGCCACACUUCUCGCAUGACGCUGCCGCUGCUGCUGCCUUCAAGGCUCUAUUCAUUUUGCCCGUCCUCACUGGUGCUGGCACCAGCAUUGCAGCUGUGCAGAGCAAGUCACCACUGCUCACGCUCAUGCUUGCGCACCUGCUGCUCACUCAGCUUCCCUAA